GGACUUGAACCCGAUCGAACAUCUCUUAUAUUUUCCGGACCCAUUCACAAUCUUGUGUAUUUUGUAGAUAGAUGGGGAGAAGUGUCAUGCAAUAAAACAGAAAGUCAGGAAGCUUUAUAAUUAAUAGAAGAUACAAGAGCGUCAUUAUACUUUUGUCUACAUUGAACUGCCUUAAUUUGCACAUGAUAAAAUACUACCUUUGGACCCACAGCUCUGUCUAUGAAUUUGAGAGUGGACAUUUAUAGCAGCUUGAGGGAUAGUCUGUUAGUGUAAGACGUUGGGGGGUUUUCCCAGGGCAGACAUGCAGGGAACGGGAACGGCACUGACAGCCAAGUUGCGUAGGUGGCAGCGGAACUAUAAAUUCAGAUGUAUUUUAUUAAGAAGAUAUAUUUUGUUACUUUAGACUUCGUAGUCGUGGUUUGAUAUGGAGACGUGCGCAAGGAACCGCGAGAUUCCUGAAGACACCGUGAUUUCAAUGGCGCAGCAAGAGACUGUUUUUAUUUUGCUCAAACACUGUCAAGAAAUGAAGCGACAGGAGAGUCGCUGGCGUCUUGUCACGUUAUUCUUGGUUCUGGGAUGUGCAGCUGUAUUUUUCUUUACGCAGCGUGUGAUCAGAGACUGUAAUGAGAAGGAUACAUUCACAACUGCAGAAAACUCAAGACAGCAAGCUAUAGAUCGUCAAGAACAGAAUCUGAAGCCAAACGCUCACCUGACAACAUCAUCAAGCUGCAACUCCGUGCCUAAAGACUACAUCCAAUGGGAACACCAGGACACCGGCUUGAUGCACAUGCAGAAUUUCACCUAUGACGAGAACAAGCAAGCUCUGGUUGUCCCUCAGGAAGGCCGAUACUUUGUCUACGUGGGGGUCAACUUUCGAAUGCCGGAUAAGGACAAGGUAUCUGGCAAGGUCCAUUUUCUUAGCCUGAAAGUCCUGAAAUACUCCAAUAGCUAUGAAAAUAAUUGGCCUAUCAUGGAAGUCAAGGAUAGCAUACCAGAUGAUAGGAGAGGAGAGAGAAGGACAAUGUACACAGGACAGGUGGUCACCCUGGAGGAAGGGGAUCUCCUGAUGGUGUCCAUUGAUGAAGACAAUUAUGAACUGAUUGACUGUUCGGCAGAGACCACCAUGUAUAUUGGUGCUUUUCUCCUCUAGACAAGGAGAACGUGACUAUACCAAAAAUAUGCAGUCUUUGUGGAUUUUUUGUUAUUUAUUUCCAUGCUUUUAGUAAGACCAAGGCACAUUUUUAAAUCCUUGUGGAUACAAUACAUCUGUAACAUGCAGGUAUUAGUUAAGGCUUUCCUUCUGACAAAAAAUGACCUUGUUAAUGUUUUAGUAAAUGUAUUCACGUAUUAAUUUCAUAAUAUGUACUGUUCCUUUCUUGAUCAAGAAUAAUUAAAUUGU